AUGGAAUAUUUGAAUUCAUUGCUUUCAUAUUUAUCAUCAUCGAGUUGUAGCACAUCAGAAGACAUAAAACUGAUUGAGCAUAUGAAAAAUCGGACAUCAGUAGUUGGGUGUUUAAUGUGUGGGUGCGAGAUCUUACCCCCAAGUGAGUAUUACAAUUGUAGUGUCUGUGAUGAUGGCUUUCAUAAUAUAUGCCCGAGUUGUAUUCAAUAUGCAAAAGAAGACACCUGCCACAAAUAUUAUAAAGAGAUCUUACCAUAUGCAUUAAACAAUUUCAAAGCAAUAUCAGCUCCCACUUAUUCGACAUGUCUCUUGAAUAUUAUACAUUUGUAUGAGGAAAGGCGAUGUAUAGGGUAUCGACUGUUCUGUGGACAAGUGUUGGAAGAUUACAAGUGGCUUUCAUACAAACAAGUUGGCAUGUAUGUGAAUUCCAUUGUAAAAUUUUUGAAAGAACAUUCCAUUGAAAUAAACAGCGAAAUUAUUAUUUGCGCCGAUUGUUGUCCAGAGAGUUAUAUAAUAUUAAUAGCAUCACUUAUAGCUAACAUGAUUUGUAUACCUUUACAACACACUGUUUCUAAAGAGCAAUUUGAAAGUGUUCUUUUAAAGUGUCACUCUCCUCUUCUAUUUAUUUCUAAACAUCUUCAACACGUGUUUUCAAAGUGUCUCUCUCAAUUUAAAUUUGUGUUUACAGUGGACGACUGUUAUGAAGCAUAUGACGUUAAUAGUAAAGAGCCUCAAACGAAGACAUAUCCGCCACUCUCUUCUAUUCUAUUUUUAGACGAAAAAGAGGAGACUUUAGAUAUCGAUCAAACCAAUAUUAAUGACCAAACACCAAGACUUUUGCUAUCUACAAGUGGGUCUACUGGCAUCCCUAAACUGGUGAUUGAGACGGAAAAGAUGUUAAAAAGUCAAUUAGUAGAAACCAAAGGAAACAUAGAAACUAUAACUGUCUCGUUUACUUUAAUACGACAAUUAGGAAAUAUUUUGAGUAAAGGGGGAGCAAUAGCAUGUUAUAGUGGAUCUUUAGAACGGUUAAGAAAGGACAUUUUAUUAGUUCGCCCGACGUUCUUUGGUGCAACUCCGUCCUUUUGGAAUUCGUUGUACAGUGAAUUUAAAAUAGAAAAGGGCUCAUUGAGCGACCCACUUUCUCUUGAGACAUUCAAAAAGAAAAAAGUGCUUGGCAACCGGUGUAAACAAGUUUUGAUAACUGGAGCGAAGAGUUCCGAUUACAUUAAAGAAUUUCUCUUUAAAAUUGGAUUAGUAGUAACUGAUGGAUAUGGUACCAGUGAGACUGGAUCACUCAUUAAUAUGACAACAGGAAAAGUGAAUGAAGGCGUUGAAUUAAAACUCAUUGACUGCGAAGAAAUGGGAUUUUAUGUGACGGACACCCCACCCCGUGGAGAAGUCGUCGCGAAGACUCAAACGAUGACGACGGGAUACUUUGGAGAUGAUGAACUCACAGAGAAGAUGUUUACUCAAAUUGAUGGAGUGAAGUACUUCAAGACGGGGGAUGUUGGGAUGAUCGAAGACGGAAGAGUCAAAAUUAUUGAUCGAAAGGCGUUUUGUUUUAAAACACAACAAGGCGUUUUUGUGACGCCAACGGUUAUAGAAAAUGCUUUGAUUGGAGUUCUUGGGAUCGAACAGAUUUUCGUUUUUGGGGGAAUAGAAAUCAAUGGAGUUAUGGGUGUAGUCUAUCCAACUGUAAAUUCUCCACUGCAAUAUAACGACAUUUUAAAGAAUAUAAAAGAAAGAAGCAAAGAAAAACAAAUGAAAAUCUAUGAAACGGUGAGUAAAGUAAUUAUAGCAAAAGAUAGAUUUGGAGUCGAAAAUGGAUUAUUAACUAGUAAUGGUAAAUUGAACAGAAACAAAUUACUAGAAAGAUAUAAGAAGUAUAGCUUUUGUCUUGGAUUUGUUAUUGUGGAAGCUGAAGAAGAGACGGCUAUUCUUCAACAAAGCGAAAAGGGCGAGGAACCGGCACAAAACGAAAAAUGUGAGAGGGGCGCUGUAUCACAGAAAAUGGAAAACAUUUUGAGAAAUUGUGUGAAAGGAAUUGAAAAGGUGAAAACUAUUGAAAGCGUUUUGGAAUACAAAUUGACGGAUUUUGGCGUCGAUUCUAUUUGUAUGGCUUUGAUUAGUAAAAGUAUACAAGACGCCUUUGGCGUCUCCAUUUCGGUUCUUCUUUUAUAUAAAAUGCGUAAUAUUAAAGAAAUAGAAAAUUAUAUCAACACAGGGACUUUUCUUGAAAUUGAAGAAAAUUGGGAAAAUGAGAUCACCAAACAUGUGAUUCCCUAUAAAGCAAUUCCAGAAGUUAAUUUGACUCCAAAACGAACAAUUUUGUUACUUGGCGCAACGGGUUUUGUUGGGAAAUUUAUACUAAGAAGUUUGUGUGAUAUUAAAGAACGUGUGAUUUGUGUUGUGAGAGGACAAAACGUGAAACGGCGUCUUUUGGAUAUUUUCAAUGAAAUAACGCAAUUUGAACCAAAAGAGAAAAGAGAAGAAAUAACACAGUGGUUUGAAGAGCAAGUGACUGUCUUAAGUGGGGAUGUGACUCAACCCAAUUUUGGGAUUUCAAAACUAUAUUGUGAAGUUUUACAAACCAUAAAAGUUAUUAUUAAUUCAUGUGGACGAACACAUAUGUUAGAAUCCUAUGACAAUUUAUACCCACAAAAUGUUAUUCCCAUGACAACUUGUGUUACGUUGGCACAACAAAAUAAAGCAUUUCUAAUACAAAUAUCAUCGUUGAGUUGUUUGAGUGGGUCUGGCAUUAAUGAAGAAGUGAAAGAUGUUCCAAUGACCUCUAUUGAUCGAUUAAAUGGAUAUGCACAGUCGAAGUUAAUAGCAGAGAAAAUCAUGUUAAAGAAUGAAGGGUAUUCAAAGUGCAUUAUACGUCUUGGAACAGCAGGUUUUGACAGAGCAAGUGGUGUUGCAAAUCUUCAAAGCAAAUACAUAAGACUCAUCAAAAGCAUUCUAAGUAGUAAUAAAGUCUGUUAUGAAGAGAAGUCUCCACUUCCUCUCGAAAUCCCUUUUGUGCCAAUCGAUUACUGUGCCGAGUGCGUUAAAAAGAUCAUUCAAAUGUACUUUGACAAGAAGAUUCAAGAAGACAGUGUGACUUGUUACCAUUUGAGUUGCCAGAGUUAUACUACAUUGGAAGAAACACUAAAAUCGGUUCAACUUGAAAGAGUGAGUCCAGAUGAAAUGAAAAGGUAUUGCUGCGAUUUCGAGAAAAAAGAUUUGGGAGUGUGCCCAUCUGUUAAAAACACUGUUGCACUUUGUGGAGAAGUCCCAAAAUACUCACAACUGGAAUUUACUCGCUUUUUAACAUGGCUGAGUAAACAAGAAAUAUAA